UCAUGUAAAUCAUUCAACUCAGAGCUCCUUCCUGUUUUUCACUAGUUCCGCCUUCUCUCGUGCCGUGUUUGCGCAGACUGACUUGGAAAGGAAGUCCAGGGAGGGAAAAAAAAAAAAAAAAAACAGUCUCUCCAGGAAAAGUGGGAAAACGGACCCACGAGGAGUUCUUAGCAGGGCUUUUGGGAGGAGACUUUUGUUGGCGCUUUAAAAGUCUGCGCUCAUGGAGGCGGCGAGGACUGUUUGAGGAGAGUAGAGAAGUGACCCGAAUGGAGGCGACUGACACAUUUCUGAAUGCAAAUGUGAAAGAGCUCCAACCAGACCAACCAGAUUCCUUCUGAUGGAUUGUAAAGGGCAACCCGAGUCUGAAGCCUCAGAGACGGCUGAGGAGUAGAAGUCACACACACACUCCAACACAUGUCAGCUGGACGAGACUGAGGCGCAGGGAAACAUGGAAGCACUGAGGGAGUCUUUUCUUCACUUGACUUUCCAGAUGUCAUCGUACAAGAGGGCGACGCUGGAUGAGGAGGAUCUGGUGGACUCCACCAGUGACGACAUCUACCCAUCAUCCCCCAUGCAGGUGGGUUUCCUGCGCGGCCGUGGUCCCGCAUGUUGGGCUGACAGGACACAGCGAGAGAGGCGGCUGCUGUUCUUGGUGUGCCUCCUGUCCUUGGCUCUGUUCAUAUCUCUCAUCACAUCAGGAGUCUUCUACAAACAGGCUCACCCAGGAUAUUGCCUGACGGACCAGUGCAUCACAGUGGCCAGCGCGGUCAUGGGCGCCCUGGACCGAUCCGUAGACCCCUGCCAUGACUUCUACAACUUUGCAUGCGGCGGCUGGGUGAAGAACAACCCGCUCCCUGAAGGGAAGUCUCGCUGGGGUCCUUUCAGCAACCUGUGGGAGCACAACAUGCUCGUAAUGAAGCAGUUAUUAGAAAACACAACAGUAAAAGGUUUGAGCAAAGCUGAGGAAAAAGCCCAGCGAUAUUAUGAAGCCUGCAUGAACGAGGCCAAGAUUGAGGAAUUGGGAGCUAAGCCUCUUCAGGAGCUUAUCAAUCAGAUUGGCGGGUGGGCUCUGAAUGAGUCAUGGGACAAAGACAACUUCCAGGAAGUUCUGCGCACAGUGUCGGCGGGCUUACGCACCUCUCCGUUCUUCACCGUGUUUGUCAGCACGGACUCCAAAAACUCCAAUAGUAACGUUAUUCAGGUGGAUCAGUCCAGCCUUGGCCUCCCGUCACGGGAUUACUACCUCAACAAAACAGCAAAUGAAAAGUAUCUGACAGCGUACCUCAACUUCCUGGUGGAGUUAGGGGUUCUUCUCGGUGGCUCAGAGGAAACAUCUCGGAGGAUGAUGGAGGAGAUUGUGGACUUUGAAACCACCUUGGCAAACAUCACCGUCCCUCAGGAGGAGAGGAGAGACGAGGAGCUCAUUUACCAUAAGAUGGAGGCCAAAGACCUGUCAACUUUAGCGCCCGCGGUGGACUGGAUGCCGUUCCUCAACGAAGUGUUUGCUCCUGUGCAGCUCAAUGAGUCAGAGCCAGUGGUUGUUUAUGCAAGAGAAUACCUCCAGAAAGUUUCUGACCUCAUUACUAAAACUAAUAAAAGCUUACUGAACAACUACAUGAUGAUGAAGGUGGUGAGGAAGAUGGUUUCUAUUUUGGACCAGCGGUUCCAGGAUGCCGAGCAGCGCUUCCUUGAGGUCAUGUACGGGACUAAAAAGAGCUGCACUCCCCGGUGGAAGCUGUGUGUCAGCGACACGGACAGCGCUCUGGGCUUUGCUCUCGGAGCCUUAUUUGUCAAAGCCACCUUCGCCGAAGACAGCAAAGCCACUGCUGAAGAUAUGGUUGCAGAAAUCAAAUUGGCGUUUGAGGACGGCCUGAAGUACGUGAGCUGGAUGGACUCAGAAACCAAAAGAGCAGCGAAAGAAAAGGCAGACGCAAUCUACAACAUGGUUGGAUAUCCUGAAUUCAUCAUGAACACUACACAGCUGGACAAAGUAUUCAAUGAUUUUAUGGUGGUGUCCGAGCUUUACUUCCAAAACGUCAUGCAAUACUACAACUUCUCAGCCAGAGUGACUGCGGACCAGCUGAGGAAAGCUCCCAACAGAAACCAGUGGAGCAUGACCCCUCCGACUGUAAAUGCAUAUUACAACCCAACAAAGAACGAGAUGGUUUUGCCAGCAGGAAUCCUUCAAGCCCCGUUCUACAGUCGCUCCUGGCCAAAAGCUCUCAACUUUGGUGGAAUUGGAGUAGUUAUGGGUCAUGAACUAACCCAUGCUUUUGAUGACCAGGGAAGGGAAUAUGACAAAGAUGGAAACUUGCGGCCUUGGUGGAAGAACUCGUCUGUGGAGGCCUUCAAGAAGCAGACUCAGUGCAUGGUGGAGCAGUAUGGCAAUUACAGCAUUAACCAAGAGCCUGUGAAUGGAAGACACACAUUGGGGGAGAAUAUUGCUGACAACGGCGGACUCAAAGCUGCUUACAAGGCUUAUGUGAACUGGAUCAAAAAGAACGGUGAGGAGGCUACGCUGCCGGCCCUGGGAAUGACCAACCAUCAGCUGUUUUUUGUGGGGUUUGCUCAGGUCUGGUGCUCUGUCAGGACACCCGAAAGCUCACACGAGGGUGUUAUCACAGAUCCACACAGCCCAUCAAGAUACAGAGUCAUCGGCAGCAUCUCCAAUUCGAAUGACUUCUCCAAGCACUUUAACUGCAAAGCAAACACUCCCAUGAACCCGAAACAUAAGUGUGAGCUGUGGUGAAGCCUCACUGCUCGGCGCUGCUCUCCAGCCCGAUGUGAGAUGGACACUGUGGAGAGCAGCUCUGGAGAUGAAUCUCUCUGGGAGGGAAUGCCGAAAACCACUGAAACUCUUACUGCCUUGCCACUUAAUGCUUAUCAGGUUCCGUAUCCAGACGAACUCUGCCUGCUGUGGGGAAUUUUAACCACAAGGACCGUUGGUUGGGUGAACAGCUUUCCGCAAACUGUCAAGUUAAAUUUAGCACAGUGUGGUUUUUGAACACUGGAAACUCGACAAAUGGUUACAGGAAUGUGAUAACCACUCUCAUUUUAUUUUAUUUUAAAUUGCUCAUGUGAAGUGGAGAAUAGGCACACCAAGGCUUCCCUUGUGAGUUAUGGUGCUUGCAUCUGCUCCAGGUCACUUUCAUCAGAUUGCAUUUUAGGUCAGAUUUUUAUUACAUGAAACCAAACACAUUGUGAGAUUUUAAACCGCAACAAUUAUGACAAUUUGGUUCACAAAUGGACAGUUUUAAAGCUUUCUAUUAAGAAUGCAGUUUAACUGUGUUUUACUACUGCAGGAACUGUUUGUCUUUGCGAUGUUUCUUUCAAAACUAUGUGUGUACAGUCUAGUCAAAACAUGCCAGGCUAAGCCAUGAUGUGCCAUACCUAUUUUUAUGAGUGAGAGUUUGUCAAAAAUUAUUUUGUAUAAUAAAACCAACGUUAAACCAGA